AUGUCCCCUUAUAACUAUUAUCUUUGUCGAAGUGAUAAGCAAACAAAAGAAAGGCAUCUUUCAAAAGCACAUGGUGGGAUGAAAACACCUCUUGUCCAAUUUGUUGAUGCUACUGCUCCAAUUGCUGCAGAAGCCUUAGAUACCUACAAACGUAUUUGCCUGAAAAAAUUGGAAAUCACAAAGGAAACAAUUUAUUCCAGUCAAAGUGAAGAUGGUCUUUUAUCACCAACUCAUCAAAGCUUAGACAAAACAUUGUCAAUUGGCCAUAGUAACCUAGAAGAAAAGAUGGAUACGGUAGUUUCUAUGUUGAAAGAUUUUAUCCACCAAAAUCGACCAGCAAAAAGUUCCUUCGGCUACAAGUACUGCUUCUGA